CAGUAUGUAAUCUAUCUUCGGAGGUUAACGUCCAAGUAUCCAUUGACAACAAAUUGUCGACAGAAAAAGCGUGAAUACUUUAUUUUAAAGUACGCGGAAGAAGUUUGCGGAAUAUUCAGCAGAUGUGUUUACGCUGUACUUUUCCCCUCCUGUUCUCAAAGUUAGUUUUGUGACUUAAUUAGACUGAAACCUAAUUCGUGGGAGCUAGUUCCGCCUUGUGCUCCCUGUGGGUCAUGGACAGCAGCGAGGAGUGUCAGGAGUAACCAGGACGCCGGUAGGAAACGCGUCUCCGGGUCUUGACGGUCCACCUCCACACAGUUAAAGUACUAGAAAAGGUACUAACGGCUGAGUUUUGGACACUGUAAUGGAAAAACCUGAUGAUAAGGUCGACUUGCAACAGAGCACACCAGGGUCUGAAGAAGGAAACUCCGGAGGAGGAGCCCCCCCAGCAAAGCGGAAAAGCAAAUUUUCCAUGGGAAAGUUCCUCAAGCCCUUUAGAUUUAAGAAGAAGAAGCCAAGUGAGAAGUUCUCUGAAACAUCUAAAGAAUUGGAAAGAAAGAUUUCUGUCAGAAAAUCUCGCAAUGAGCUGAUUGCUAGAGGAGUUUUAAAAGAGAUCCCUGAAAAUGGGAGCAACAAUGAAAUCCACCUCAAAGAUCCACCAGUUAAAAAUGGGCACCCUGUACAAACAGAUGCCGAUAGGGUGUCAGAAAUGGGAUAUCAAAAGGCUGACAUCAAGGCAAAUCCCAGUAGGUAUUCUCAAGGAGAAGACCGUCGCAUCAGAACACCAUCGGACUCUUCGCUUAUCCGGGCGCCUCUGGAUGUGGACAGAUAUGCAAAGUUGCCCAUGGAUGUAGACAGACGAAGCCGCAUUCCCUUGGACUAUGAUAGAAGAGGGUCUGACCCUCCACAAGAUGAUAGACCCAUUAAAGACAAGAAGAGGGAUGGCCAAGAUGGCCAAGCCAUUCGGGAAAGGAGGGAUCGAGACAACAAGGAGAGGAGGGAUCAAGACGACAGGGAGAGGAGGGAUCGGGAUGACAGGGAAAGGAGGGAUCGGGACGACAGGGACAGGAGGGAUCGUGAUCCGGACGAGAGGGAGAGGCGGGAUCGUAAUCCUGACGAGAGGGAGAGGCGGGAUCGUAAUCCUGACGAGAGGGAGAGACGGGAUCGUAAUCCUGACGAGAGGGAGAGACGGGAUCGUAAUCCUGACGAGAGGGAGAGGAGGGAUCGAGAUGAGAAGGACCGGAGAGAUCAUGAUCGGGACGAGAGGGACAAGAGAGAUCGUGAUCGGGACGAGAGGGGGAAGAGGGACCGCGAUCGGGACGAGAGGAGGGAUCAGGAUGAGAGGAGGGUUUCUGAUCGGGACGAGAUGGAGCGCAGAGAUCGGGACGAAAGGGAGAGGAGGGAUCGGGACGAGAGGGAGAAGAGAGAUCGGAAUAGGGAGGACAAGGAAAAGAGAGAUCGUGAUGAAAGAGAAUGGAGGGAACGGGAGCAGUAUGAAAAGGAAAAGAGAGAGCUUGAUGACAGAGAAAGAAAAGACAACAAAGAGCGAUGGCUUGAGCGUGACAGGAAGGAGAAUAGAGAGGAUAGAAAAGAUGAUAAAGUAAGAGAAGAUAGGGACAGGAAUUAUGCUCAGGUGGAGAGAGGUGAUAUCAGGGACAAACGGGAAGACCGGAUUAAGGAACAGGGAGAUGAACGUGAGAAAAUGGACAGAAUCUUGCCUGUCCCACGUUCAGUCCAUGACAUGGACUUGCGACCUCCAAUGCAGCGAAGCUCCUCAGAUGAUGACAAGAAAACUAUAUUGAACGUUGAACGAAGUUCCACGCUACCCAGAUAUAAACCAGGAGUCGAAUUCCGUGACCGCUCAGAGUCUGUCGGUGUCCGAUUGAUCCCUGACCAUUCCCCGGAGCAAGAUUCCCAAAAACAACUACCCCUACCCAAGCAAGCUUUGGUUCCCCCUAAAUUCCCCACUGGUCAUCUUUCCAAGUCCACCAGUUCGACCCUGUCCUUCUCUUCCUCGUCUUCUACCUCCUCCAGCUGUUCUGUUGAAGCUGCAAUUGUCAAGCCCCCAAGAACUGUCUCUCUCGUAGUAAAUGACCAACUUCAGCUGACUCUUGCUGGUGCUUUGUCAGCAGACUCUGACGCACCUCCCCCUGUUCCACCCCACACAAAGCAGCCCCCUGUCCCUCCCCAUGUCCAGCAGCCCCCUGUCCCUCCCCAUGUCCAGCAGCCCCCUGUCCCUCCCCAUGUCCAGCAGCCCCCUGUCACUCCCCAUGUCCAACAACCUCCUGUCCCUCCCCAUGUCCAGCAGCCCCCUGUCCCUCCUCAUGCUCAGCAGUCCUCUGUUGUUUUCAAGCUACCUCCUGUGCCUCCACCUAAACCCACCAACCGCAACAGCAAUCCUCCAGCGCUUGCUUCCUCCCUGAACAGGGCGCCUCAGGUCAGGCAGCCGUGCCCCUGGAGGGGCUCGGGACUUGAGCAGAGCCGGGCCGGCCUCUACCUCUCUCUGCCCGUGUACCUACGCCACAGGGCUGACCGGACCCGCUCAGCUGAGUUCUCUCAGGCCAGCGGCGGCUUGAACACCGUCAUUGCUCCCGCUAAGCGCUCCCCACCAAUCCCACCCAAAAGGACGACCCCCGUCAACAAGCACUACUCUGCAGACCCAUCCCUCCCCACUCAGGUUCCUGAGCCGCCCUCUGUUAACCCCGCAGUGCCCCUUGCCGUCCCUAAAGGUGGAAGCAGUGAGGACAGGACGCCCAUGACUGUCCCCCAGAGGAUGGCGGAGGCCGCGCUCCCGCUGCCCGCCCACAUACCCCCUUCUCCUCCCAGGGUGAAGUUGCUCCCUCCACCUCCUACCUCGUCUGCCGGGGCCGUUCCCGUCAUCCAGACGGACCUCCCCACCCCGACCAUGGAGCUGCCCGGCCAGCCUCCGGCCGUCCCGCUGCACAUCCUGAUCAAGAGAGCUCUGAACAGCCCUGGCGCAGUUCAGCCUAAUCCUGAGGGAUCCCAGAGGGCCCACUCACUGCUCUUUGAGCUUCCCCCAGAGGUCCCUGACGACCCUGAAGAGGCGCUGCUGAACUCGCGUCGCUCCCUCCCCGUCUUCAUCGAACCUCUGAGGCUACCAGAGGAUGAUGACUUUGACAUGGAGGAAGAGCUGCAGAAGCUGAAAGCUCAGCGGAUCCCCCAGCAGCCGGAGCUGGAACCCCGGAGCAGGAGGGGCCUGAUCGGAGACCCCAGGGUCACAGCUAUACCCGAACAGGGCGGCCACAAGGACGACUCAGACUCCGAUGGGCCCAUCCUCUACAAAGAUGACGACAAGGAGGAGGAGGAGGACGACGAUGAAGAAGGCCCUGCAAGUGGGCUGGCGAGCCGUGUGAAGAGAAAAGACACGCUGGCUCUGAAGCUGGAGAGGCAGGAGAAGUAUGAGCGAGAACAGAGGGAAGGCCAGGAGAACCAGGAGGGGAUGAGCUGGAGCAACAGGGAGCAGUGGGUGGCUGUGAGGAACAAGAUCGGCACCACGCUCACACGGCGGCUGAGUCAGAGACCUACAGCGGAAGAGCUGGAGCAGAGAAACAUUCUUCAAGCCAAGAACGAAACGGAUCGACGGCUGGAGCGAUCCGAGAUCAAACGGAGGCUCACCAGAAAGCUGUCUCAGAGGCCCACGGUGGCUGAGCUGCAGGCCAGGAAGAUCCUGCGUUUCCACGAAGACGUGGAGUCCACUCACGCCGAGGACUACGACCGGAGAGCCGACAAGCCGUGGACCAAACUCACUCCUGCUGACAAGGCCGCCAUCCGCAAGGAGCUCAACGAGUUCAAGAGCACAGAGAUGGAGGUCCAUGAAGAAAGCAAGAUCUACACCCGAUACCACCGGCCCUAGCUGCUCACAUCAUCAUGUAAAGCACUUCUGAAGAAGCAGCAGCAGCUUGUCCCAUUUCCUCCUGUAACCUGAAGAUGGCGCCAACGCUACCUGAAGAGUCUCAGGAUGGUGUUGGACUGUGGUGGAGUCUGCAGGAGACGGUGGGCCCGGUGGGCCCAGUGGGCGUUGCAAUGGCUCAGUGACUGAACCAGAGGGGGUCCCUCACCAUGAGCCGGUUCUGCCUUAACGCUCCUGAACACUGGUACCAGGCUGAGGCCAAACAUGAGACUGGUUCAGAACCAGCCUCUGAUUGACUGUUUUUGUUAAUCACAAUCCCAUAUCACUAGAUGAUUUUUGAUAAGAGCACCUUAUGCUUCCUAACGGGGUUGAAUGAAAACUUAGCCUUUAAUUCUUUGUUUAUAUUUGAGAUUUUUGAAAGCAGGAAAAUGUACAUAUUUUUCUCUUCCUGCCUGUUUUAUGGUACUUUAUAUAUGCUGCUCUAUAGCGGAUGCAGCUGUAUGGAACAAUAAUGUAGAUUUAAUAAACUUUAUAUUGUAAACUACUGACUGGAAAUGCUGACAUGUUUUAAUUGUUUAGUGUUUCUCUGAUGUCAUUUCUGAGCAUUAAAGGUACGGAUCCUUUUUCUUUUUUUGAUACAGAGCCUGUAAGCUGUGUCGUCUGCAAACACUGAAUAACUGAUCGAUCUGAUUAGAAAAUAAAAAAACAAUGAUUUAUGAA